AUGGCGACCAUCUUUUCAACGGCGCGCUUGCACAACAAGGUUGUACUCGUCACGGGAGCAUCGUCCGGGAUCGGCGCAGCAACAGCUGUGCUUUUUUCGAUGGCAGGUGCUAAUGUAGUGCUUGCUGCGCGGCGUGCCGAGAAGCUUGCCGAGAUCGAACAAGCAUGCAUUCAGGCGAACAAGGACGGCGGCACGGGCAAAGGCGGGCGCUACGCGACGCUCUCGCUCGACGUGAACAACCACGGCCAAGUGGAUUCGAUUCUUUCCGCACUCCCCGACUGGGCCGCACAAGUCGACGUGCUUGUAAACAAUGCAGGCCUUGCGCUCGGCACGGAACGCGUGGGGGAUCUCAAGUUUGACGAUGUGGAUCGCAUGCUCGACACCAACGUGCGUGGCCUAAUCCGGAUGACGCAAGUGUUUGUGAAUAUGUUCAAAGCGCGCGAUGCUGGCCACAUUAUCAACGUCGGCUCGAUCGCGGGCGUCGAGCCGUACCCUGGAGGCUCCGUGUACUGUGCAUCCAAGUUUGCCGUCCGAGCAUUUACCUCGGCACUGAUGAAGGAACUAUACGAUACACAGAUCCGUGUGAGCAACAUUCAGCCGGGCAUGGUCGAAACGGAGUUUAGCAUUGUACGGUUCCACGGUGACAAGCAAAACGCGGAUAAGGUCUAUGCAGGGAUCGAGCCGCUCGCCGCGCAAGACAUCGCCGACGAGAUCGUCUGGGCGGCAAGCCGUGCGCCGCAUGUCAACAUCGCCGAGGUGCUCAUUAUGCCCACCAACCAGGCGGGACCAUUCCAUGUAGCGCGCUCCACCGCCAAGUAG